UGACCACAACGAUCACAAUUAGGGUUUUUGGAACAUGAUUUCAUUCUUUUCAUCUCUUCUGGAGGAAGCCUCUACUCGAGAAAAAUUCUAAAAAGCAUCUUCUCCUUCCAGCUAUCUAAAGACAAGCACAAAACAAAAUCAAAAGCAAAACCAAAAUUUUAAAGCAGGAAUGUGGAAGAGCCUUCAUCAGCACUCUUCUCGCAAUCCCAUCUCGCAGUUGGCUCUGAAGAAAAUCUCUUUUCUGUUAUUGUUCCUCUCUUCCCUCGCUAACCAUUCUCACCAUAUCAAUGCUCAUACUUUCAUCUACGGGGGCUGCUCUCCAGACAAAUACCAACCCAGCUCGCCCUUUGAAGCCAACCUCAACUCCCUACUGUCUUCCAUUGCAAUGUCAGCCUCUCAGUCUGCUUAUAACAGUUUUACUGUGGCAAAUGGCACCUCAAUGCCGGCGGAUGCAGCAGUCUAUGGGCUAUACCAAUGCAGAGGUGAUUUGAAGACAAGCGACUGUUCGUGGUGUGUCCAAAACGCCGUUAGCCAGAUGAGUUUGGUGUGCCCUUACUCAAUAGCAGCUAGUUUACAGUUAGAAGGGUGCUUUCUAAGAUACGACAAUGCCAACUUCCUGGGGAAACUCGACAUGGCACUGGUAUACAAAAAAUGCAGUCGCGAUACUAGUAAUGAUGUUGAGUUCUUUAAGCGCAGGGACGAUGUUCUUGCUGACUUGCAGGGAGCAAAUGGUUUUCGAGUUAGUAGCCUGGGGUCUGUGGAGGGUUUUGCUCAAUGUUUGGGGGAUCUCAGUUCUGCCGAUUGUUCUUCAUGUCUUUCGGAAGCCGUCGGGAAGCUGAAGAAUGCAUGCGGCUCGGCAUCAGCAACCGAUGUCUACUUGGCCCAGUGCUAUGCUCGAUACUGGGCCUCUGGCUACUAUGAUUCCCCUUCAGAUUCCUCCACCGAUGACCAAAUCGGAAAGACGGUGGCAAUAAUCGUUGGAGUACUGGCAGCGCUCGCUCUGCUCAUCGUCCUCCUUUCCUUUAUGCAAAAAGCAUGUGGUCCCAGCCUUCAAUACCAUAGCUAGAUGUUGUUCGUCCUUGCAUUCAGGCUGAGAGGAUAAAGAUGAAGAUGAUGCAGGUCCCUACAGGAAUGAAAUGAAGAUGUCUAAUUCAUCUUUGUAGAAAGGAUCAUAUGCUUGUUUAAUAAUUUGUGAGAGUGCAACCAAUUUAAAGUUGGAACUAUGAACUA